AUGUUCAACAAGACGCUGCUCUUCCUCGUCGUCGCGCUCCUGGCCGUCGCGCAGGUCGCCCUCGCCGACACCCCGCCCGCCUGUCUCCUCACCGUCAUCGGCGGCACCGACAACCCUUCCGACGUCGCUACCAUCUGCAAGGACAAGGCCAUCGCGGGCAAGAUCGGCGAUGCCUGCACCGGCGACGAGUCCACGGCCGCCAUGAGCGCUUUCGCCUCCGUCUGCAAGGCCGCCGGCGUCACUGUCUCUACCACCGCUUCGGCCUCUGGCAGCGCCUCCGCCUCCGCGUCCAAGACCGCCUCCGCCAGCAAGACGGCCAGCACCUCAGACAGCAAGAGCACGUCGACCGCCUCCAGCAGCAGCGACGACGACGCGUCCAAGACGUCCGCAGCCGCGACGUCCGCGUCGGCGACCGGCUCCAGCGCCGGCGUCCCGCGCCUCAACCAGCCCGCCGCCAUCUUCGGCCUCAUGCUCGCCUCGCUCGGCGCCUACAUCCUCCUGUAA